AUGCGCAAGUCCAGAAAACCAGAAUCUUCCGACGUCGUUUCGUCGGAUCGAAGAAAUUGGAGCAAUAUCUUCAAAUCUCUGGUUCAGAUGCUGCGCAGCCAGCAGAACCAGCUUCAAUCGUUGGCGAACCGGCACAAUUUUCUCGAAGACCGACUUCGACUGCAGCACCAAGGGUGGGUCUCCGAUGUUCGCUUUCACAAGGAUAAAGUUUCUCAGCUGAACGAGAUUUUGGCUUUUGAGGAGAAGAAACGGUCGCUGGAGGCGGCGAAGGCGGAUUUGGCGCUGGGUUUGAAGCACAGAGAGGCUGCUAUGUUAAAAUGGAUUUUGGAGCAUACAGAGGAUGAGUUGGGUGAUUUUAAAGCAUGGUUUGAAAUUCUCUCUCGAAAAUUUGUUAUUGGGGAAGACCAAGGAACAGCAUCCAAAGAUAAUGAUAUGAAGAAGAAAGGAACCACAGAUAGAGGAAACAAGUCCGGUCGGAAUACUGCAGAAAAAGAGAACUAUUCCCACGAAAUCAAUGAUGAAUUUAGAAGGUUAAAAGGUGAAUAUGAUAAGCUUUCUUUACAAAAAUAUUCGGAGGUGUCUGAACUCUUAGCAGAAAAGAAAUUUGUGUGGAAUCAGUAUAAUAUAAUGGAGAAUGACUACAGUGCUAAAUUAAAGACUAAAGAAGCUGAAGUAGAAAAAGCAAAUGAAAGGAUCAAGGUACUUGUUUCCAGCAUGGAGCAGCUACAGUCUGAAAAUUAUGAAAAAGAGAGUAAAAUUAACGAAUUAGAAAGUAAAAUGGCUGAUAUGGAGGCCGAGACAAAAAGAUUAAACAAAGAAAUAUCUGGACUCUCAGUGGAGUUGGAAUCUUUAAGAAAAUUCAAAAACAGCCAUGUUACGCCUGUUUUAAAUCAUUGCACGGGUGGAACGAAAGCAUCUGGAUCGGGAGUUGUUAAGGGCAACAAUAGUAGAAGUAUGAUUUUGAAGAAGGAAAUAUCUACUCCCAAUCAACCGACAGCAAAAUCUUCUGAAAGGGGGAAAAAAAGCAUGAAGAGGAAAGAGCCUCCAGUUAUUCCCACCUUUGAGACUCCAAAGCUAUUCUCCACCAGCUUCAAGGUUCCAAAACUGAAGUCCUCUGUAAGGGUCAGAGAUGACAGAUGA